UGAGGGAAGGGGCGCAGCCUUCCCUGCUCCCCACCCACAUCCCCUGGGAGAAGCGUGUGGGUCAGGCAGCUCCAGGGGCUUUGCUAGAAAAGGCAGGAGGGGAGGGGCAGCAGCCCCAUUCCUCCCCCUCCUCUAAAGGGGCAUUGGUCAAUUCUGCCCCCCACCCCCCCCCCAGUCUUCCCUCAGUCUUACGAAGGGGGCUUCCCCCAUCUGCUCUCUCCUUCCAGCUCGGGAAGCUCUGAAGCUCUCAACAGGCAGGAAUGACCUACCAGUCAACGUGGGAGUCAGCCCAGGGAGCCAUGGAUGAAGCGCUGGGUAAGCGAGGAGGCCACGCCUGGCAUUCGGGGGGCCCUAGGCCUUCCUGGGGCCAACACGGCAGCCGCUUGGAGGGGGAGGAACUCCGGCUGAUCCUGGUCGGGAAGUCCGGAGGUGGGAAGAGUGCCACAGGCAACACCAUCCUCGGCCGGAGGGUGUUUGAAUCCAUCUUGGGGGCAAAGGUCACCACCCUGAGGUGCCAAAGGGGGCAGGGAAGCUGGCAAGGCAUGAAGAUCAGUGUGACCGACACGCCUGCCAUUUUCGAUUUGGAGAAAUAUGAUGAGAUUGCGCGACGUGAGAUCAUGUCUUGCAUUGAGCUCUCCCAACCCGGCCCCCAUGCCCUGAUCUUGGUGACCCAAGUGGGGCGCUUCACCGCGGAAGAUGUGGCUGCUGCAAAGUGUGUCCAGGAUGUUUUUGGAGUUGAGUCCACCAAUCACACGAUCGUCCUCUUUACCUGCCGGGAGGAUUUGGGAGGGACCUCCCUGGAUGAGUAUGUCCAAAAGUCCGACAACUGGAAUCUGCGUGACCUGAUCCGGCAGUGCGGGAAUCGCUUCUGUGGGUUCAACAACAAAGCCGUGGGAACCGAGCGGGAGAGGCAGGUCUCGGAGCUGAUGGAGACGGUGCAGAGAACCGUUUCGAAGAAUGGAGGGAGAUAUUACACCAAUCAGCUGUAUGAGGUGCCCAAUUUACGGGACGAGAACAUCAGAUUUUUCCUAGCCAAGAACAGAAGAGGUGAUAAAUGGAUAUCAAAGGGACCUUGGAGUUCCAUAAAGAGUCGAAAAUGGAUUUGGUGGACUUGCAUGGGGAUGACUGUGUUUGUGAUUAUUCUUUACAAAGUUUUUGGAGGGAGCAAAGGAUAAUGUUGUCAGUGUGUUGCUUUUUGACUAUUGGAUAGAUUUGUCCUGAUUGCAGUGAACUUGUCAUACCUGGGGAGAGCAAAAGGGAACAGGUGGGAUGCCCAGAGAGCCACAGUUCCCUUCAGAGCCCAUUGUCCCCCGUUCCCUAUCUCCAGGUCUUGGGACCCUUUGGCCCCCUUGACUGAUCUCAAGACUGAGGAGAUCGGGGAGCUGGAAAAUAGACCCCCAGGGAGGGACUUGAAUUCUGCAUGGGGGCGGGGAGGAGAGGCCAGGGUAUGGCACAGCCUUCUGGGCAGCGGCACAGAUAAUGGAGCCAAGCUCAGUUGACCAACCUGUUAAAAUUGUGGUGCAACCUCUCAACAUUGGCACGAGAAACUCAGUUUUCAGCUGAAUGGUUUGUCGUUCUCAGAUUUAGCUUUAGGUCUCUAAAGACGGUUUGAAUGAAGGAUGAUCUUCUGGUGUCAAUUCUCAGUGACCCCACAGAGAGAUUAUCUGGGGGGGGUCUGUCCCUAGGCCUUCCACAAUUCUCGGGGGGAGGGGGGAGAGAAGAGAUUAUCCCACUUCUCCAAGGCAAAACAAAACAAAAUCCCAGAAUGAAAAUGGCUUGCUUUAAAAGAAAAGGAAAAAUGAAUAUACUGAUAAUCUUUACACUUUUGACAAUAAUUGCUAAAUAUGUGUAUUAUAUAAAACGUAUGUAAUCCAAAAUUUACAGAAUUACAGACUGUAUCUAUGUUUAACACACAUUUCCUGGUAAAAUCUACCCUAAUAUCAGGCUCUCUUUGGCGUUUUUAUUAAUAAAGGCUCUCCUGUUGCUGA